AUGAACGCGUAUGGCGGGUAUGGGCUGCAGCAGAUGCCUCAGCACCCGACCGGCGGCGUCUUCUACGACGCGGGAGCGGGGAACCCGUACAUGUACACGAUGGAUCGCGGGAUGGACGCCGUCUUUAACGGGAUGGGCGUCCAUGGCGCGAACAAGGGGAUGAUGGUGAUGAUGCAAGGUGGGGGAGGAGCGGGGGUGGCGAACCACGACGCGGUCCCCCACCACGGCGGGGAGGGUAACCACCACCACACGGGAGGAAAUCGACGGGGAGGCGGCGCGCGUGGGGGAGGAAUGCGCGGCAACAACUCCCGCGGGCACGGUGAUAACGCCAACGCUCAGGCGAACAGUGGGAAUGGCGGCAGUAACGGGCAACGGUAUCAGAACUGCUCGGAGCUCCUGCGCCGCUUCCGCUCCGACACGAGCAUGAAGAGCUUUGGGCACUGGCGCCUCAGCGAUAUCCAAGGCUACGCCGUGGAGUUCGCGAAGGAUCAGGAAGGCAGCCGGUUCAUCCAGGGCGCGGUGGAUUCAGCCUCACCGGCCGAACUCGACGUGCUUUUCCAUGAGAUCUUUGAUAACCCGCAGGAUUUGGUCACAGAUAUCUUUGGGAACUACGUCCUCCAGAAGAUGCUCGAAAAGGGUAGCCCUCAGCAACUCUUCUUCGCCGCGAAUCGCCUCAGUGGGCAUGUGGUGAAGCUGACACUGCAAACCUACGGCUGCCGCGUUAUCCAGAAGUGCAUCGAGGUGAUGCCUGACGAAGGCCUUCAGGUGAUCCUAUCUGAGCUUGAGGGCAACGUCGCGAAGUGUAUCCAAGAUCAGAACGGCAACCACGUCGUACAAAAGUGCGUGGAGGUGAUCCCGCAGCGCUGUGGCUUCAUCAUCUCUGCCUUCGCUGGCCGCGUAAUGGAGCUAGCGACGCACGCCUACGGCUGCCGUGUCAUUCAGUGCAUCAUGGAGCACUGCCCAGAUCAGGAGGAUAUCAUCUUCAAUGAGCUGCUGAGCGGUGUAGAGGCCCUCGCGCAGGAUCAGUACGGGAACUACGUGAUUCAGCAUCUCCUGCAACACGCUGAAGACGAAACGAAGGUGGAGCGAAUCUACAACGCCCUCAAGCCGAAGUUCUUCGUCCUGAGCAAGCAAAAAUUCGCGUCAAACGUGAUGGAGAAGCUCUACGCGCGGUCUAAACCGGCGUUCCGGAUGGAUUUAGUCGAUUUGAUGUGCUCAGACGACCCCGCCAUCAUCGGGACGAACGUGCAGAUGGUGGAGGUCGUGAAGUUUACGCGUUCCGACACCGUCACCGUGGCGUCGGCAAAUGCCUUGGAUAGUAGCACAACGAACAAUAACUGGAAUGUAACGAAUAAAACUCACAACCCACGCGAAUCGCAGAAAGAAAGGAACCGAGAGCAAAAAGAUGCAGCCAUAGGUGUAAUCGAGGAUUUACAGACCGCCGGAUUCAGUCGGCCGAGUGUGCUUUGCCUGAUGAUGAACGACCAAUAUGCCAACUACGUCGUUCAGCGGGUGCUGGACGCAUCGGACGUCGAGCAGUUCACAAGGCUGGUGAACAACAUUGAGCGAUAUAUUCUACCGAUUCGCACGUAUAACUACGGUCGACCCAUUGUUCAGCGCCUUGCACGGCGAAACCUCGUAAAGACCCCAGGCGAUGAAGCCGAAUCGAGCUAA